GGCAACUUCCUCACACAUUCUCUCUCUCUCUCUCCAAACAAGACAGGAUCAAAGAUGUCUGUCUCUCUCUUUCUUAUACUUUUUCUCUCUCUACUAGCUCCAAUCUCCAUUUCCUCUUCACCAGUUCAAGACCCUGAGCUAGUUGUAAAAGAAGUACACGAGAAAAUCAAUGCAUCCAGAAGAAAUCUAGGUUUUCUCUCAUGCGGGACCGGAAACCCGAUCGAUGACUGCUGGCGGUGCGACCCCAAUUGGGAGAAGAACCGGCAACGCCUAGCGGAUUGCGCGAUCGGGUUCGGUAAGCAGGCCAUUGGAGGAAGAGAUGGCCGAAUUUACGUGGUCACGGACUCCAGCGAUGACGACGCUGUCACACCCAAGCCAGGCACACUAAGAUAUGCUGUCAUCCAAGAUGAGCCACUAUGGAUCAUUUUUGAACGUGACAUGGUGAUCCAGCUGAAGGAAGAGCUCAUCAUGAACUCAUUCAAGACCAUCGACGGUCGCGGCGCGAGCGUCCACAUCGCCGGCGGGCCAUGCAUUACCAUACAAUACGUGACGAACAUCAUCAUUCACGGCCUAAACAUACAUGACUGUAAGCAAGGAGGGAAUGCCAACGUGAGGAACUCCCCUCACCAUUAUGGGUGGAGAACGAUCUCGGAUGGCGACGGGGUGUCGAUUUUCGGAGGGAGCCAUGUUUGGGUUGAUCACAAUUCUCUGUCCAACUGCAAUGAUGGACUGAUUGACGCCAUUCAUGGAUCCACAGCCAUCACCAUCUCAAACAACUUCAUGACACACCAUGACAAGGUCAUGCUCUUGGGACAUAGUGAUACCUACACACAGGACAAGAACAUGCAGGUGACCAUAGCAUUCAACCAUUUUGGUGAAGGGCUUGUACAAAGAAUGCCAAGAUGUAGACAUGGGUAUUUUCAUGUGGUGAACAAUGACUAUACUCAUUGGGAAAAGUAUGCAAUUGGUGGCAGUGCCGAUCCUACCAUCAACAGCCAAGGGAAUAGAUUUCUAGCUCCCAAUGACAGGUUCAACAAACAGGUUACCAAACACGAGGAUGCACCGGAGGGUGAAUGGAGAAAAUGGAAUUGGAGGUCAGAAGGAGAUCUAAUGUUGAAUGGCGCCUUCUUCGUAGCAUCGGGAGCGGAAACGUCGUCCGGUUAUGCCAAGGCGUCGAGCUUGGGUGCAAGACCGUCGUCGCUCGUGAGCUCGAUAACACUGGGAGCAGGUGCACUUAGGUGCAAGAAGGGCUCGCAUUGCUGAAGUACUAUCAAGAAGUAUCAGCAACCACAAAACAUAGGGAAGAAAUAAUAAUAGGCCAAUUAAUUGCCUUUACUAAGAAAUUGUAAUUUGUAAAAUUUUAUAGUUCUCUUUUGUUUUA